AUGGCCGAUGGGAUGAUAAAAGAGUGGGUAAAUGAAAAGCCAACUCCCAACUUAAAUUGGGGAGGGUGUGUCCUAUCUCGCCUCAUUGACCCACCAUUGUCCCCAAACCCCCAAAUUCCUCAAUCCAUACUCAUCUCUCCUAAAAACCUGUAUAAAUCAAUUUUGCCCCCAAAAUUCCAAUUUGCUAUGACUGAAACAGCAAGUAUGAAGGAUCCGAUCAAGUCCUUCGAUGUGUUUGAUUUCAAAGAGGAAGAUGAGCUUCCUGUGAAUAAUAUUGCUCCUAAUUUACGGUAUCCUCAUGCUCUCGAUGUUGCCAGCAAACUUGCUUAUUUUGGAAAUGAUAUAGCUUUCCUUUUGAGAUCCAUGAGUAAGUUGAAGGAGAAUGAUAUUGCCAUUUGUGGGGGCGCCAAUGUUGAUUUUGGCAACAAUCGUGAUGCUGCUGAUUCAUUUGCACCUUCUCAGACUGAUGAUUUUGCCAAGGAGACUCCUGAAUGGAACCAUGUUCUGCACUGUAGUUUUGAGAUCCACAAUCAAGCAAAAGAAAAUAAAUCUGUAAUUAUUGAGUCCUGCAGCGUUGUUGCUAGUGUGGAAUGUGGUUCAACCCUUGGUGCUGCUCUGCAGUUGGAGGAUAACUUAAAUGUUGCCAUUCCAGAAUCUUUUGGCAGUGACAGAUCAGUUCAGUUGGCUUCAGAUGCUGAUGAAAACUUGAUUGAAAGAUCUCCAUCUGCUUUCGCAAACAAUUUUGCUCCUUGUGAUGGAUCAUCGUCUGGCAACUGUGGACCAUUGUCUGGUAACUGCUCCCACAAAUGGAAUUCAGUAAAAAAGGAUUUAGUUUCUACCUUUUCUGCAAUGAAAUUUGAGGUAAGCAAGAUACCGAAGGGAAAAUUUGCUCAUCAUAUUUCCAACGAAAGAGAUGGAAUUGUUUUCUACCCCGAUUAUGUAGAUUAUUGUGGCACACAUUAUCUGGACUCAGUGGUGAGCUUUUCUCAAAGAUUUGUUGAAGCUAGAAGUAAAUCCGCUUACAGUAACGAAAGAAUAUUUCAAAUUCGUUUGGAAAUCGAAGAUAUUGUCAAAAUAGAGUCACAGUGGAGUGCUCGGUCCGAGGCAGGCACCAUAAGUAUCUAUUCUAUCUCAAAAGAUGGAGUGCAAGGCGGCUUAAUUCACAAUGCUUCAGUUGUGUGUAAUAUCCACUGUUAUCAAAUGGUGGCCUUGGCGGUAUGGCGUGGCGGACUUUUGGCAAACCGCCAUGCUAAAUUUGUGAAGGAUGGCGGUCUUCAGGAGUUGAAAUUUCCUGCUGUUGACUCGGACUGGUAUCAGAAACAGGAAGCAAUUGGAUCUCUGGACAUGAGAUAUAAGGCGCUGUGGAAUGUCCUGCUUGACACUGGGAUGGAAAAGAUUUCACCAUUGCCUGAAGGAAAAGAGAUGAGACGAACAAGAAGCUAUUUUCCCAAAUUUGAUCAGCCUUUUGAAGAGGUGAUUUAUCCAAAAGGGGAUCCUGAUGCUGUUUCGAUUAGUAAGAGAGAUGUUGAUCUCCUACUGCCUGACACAUUCGUCAAUGAUACUAUCAUUGACUUUUACAUUAAAUAUUUGAAGAGUAGGCAAAAUGAGGAGGCUAGGUCUAGAUUCCACUUUUUCAAUAGCUUCUUUUUUCGAAAGCUGGCUGACAUGGAUAAAGAUCCAUCCAGUGCUUUUGAUGGCAAAGCAGCUUUCCAGCGUGUUCGUAAAUGGACAAGAAAAAUAAAUUUACUUGAAAAAGACUUCAUUUUUAUUCCUGUCAACUACAAUUACCACUGGAGUCUUAUUGUAAUUUGUUACUUCGGUGAAGUUUCCAGCUAUGAAGGCAAGAUACUUUUGAUUCUGGACUGUAUUGAAAAUGGCAAGACAUUAAGAGUACCUUGCAUAUUGCAUAUGGAUUCUCUCAGAGGAACUCAUGCAGGCCUCAAAGAUCUUUUACAAAGUUAUUUAUGGGAGGAAUGGAAAGAAAGACAGAAAGAAACAUCUGAAGAUAUGUGUUCAAGUUUCAGAAACCUUAAGUUUUUGCCCCUCGAGCUACCACAACAACCAAACUCAUAUGAUUGUGGCCUUUUCUUGCUUCACUAUGUUGAACUUUUCCUGGAGGAAGUUCCUGAUAACUUUAGUGUUUACAAGAUCACGCCAUCCUCGAAGUUUCUACAAGCUGAUUGGUUUCCUCCUGGUGAAGCUUCCAUGAAACGAACACAUAUUGAGAGGUUGAUUAAUGAUCUUCUUGACACUCAGUCUGAAGAUUUUCCUGGCGGGAGUGGAAUGCAUGCUUCUCCUGAGCCGAAUGCUACUCUUGGCCAUGCCAAUGGAGUUGAGUUUUCUAUAAAAUCCAGUAUUAGUGCUCAAAUUGAGAGCUCAUUACUACAAGUAGACCCGACAAUUGAGAUGACUUUAUUACCAGCUUCAUCUACAAGGGGUACACAGUGUAACAGAGCUUCUGGAGUGGUUUUAAAGGAGUUGUUUAAGCAAGCAUCUGGUCCGGAAUCACUUAGUGAUGCACCUUGGGGAGCUUUGGAGAGCGGACAAUCUCUUCACGAGUUUAACAGGCCUGAUCCUUUGACAGAGGAAGCUAACGAGUGUCUUGCACAACAAGAAUUAGAAGAACCCGUCUUCCAGUCCAUGGAUGAUGAACCCGUCUUUACUUACUCGUCUGAAGAUUUUAGAUUAGACACAUUUAGCCAACCCGUACACAACAAUGUCUGCAUGUCUCCAGUGACGUCAGGUUCUGAAUCCGAUGAUAUAGUAGAAGUAGAAGUUGAUAACAAAAAUUGGCAAUCAGUCAUGGUGCUUGGCCAAUAUGGCGAAAUAGAUAGCCAUAACAGAUGCUCAUCGCCUGAGAAAAUCGAGCAGCCUGAUUCUGAAAAAAAUGCCGAGAUAAACAACUCAAAUGGCGAUGAAUCAUUUAUCCUGAAGGAGUUUUGUCCCGAAGCAAAACAGAUGCAUGAUGAGGGCCCGUCUCACGAGAGCUUGCCCGUGGACCCUAGUUUGGCGUCUGGUGACAAGUUGGAUGCCUUGGAGGGUGUUAUCCAGUGUGAUGGGGAGCACCCACAUAGAUUGGGUCACGAUGUGCUGGAAUUGGGUGAUGAGGAACGUACUCCCAAAAGGAUGAGGAUUGCAAGAACGGACGAUAAUGCUAACAAUUAUUUGUCUGAUGAUCUGCAUUUGUGAAAACUAGUUGGUGAAACUAUAUGCCGCAACUCUCUCUCUCUCUCUCUCUCUU